AUGAUGGAACGAUUUUCCGAGGGCUGGGCAUGGCAGUGGGUCCACGAGAGGGUCAGCAGAAGGCCCACCAUAGAAGGAGGAAUUUCUGAAGUUGAAAUCAUCUCCCAACAAGUAGACGAAGAGACCAAGAGCAUUGCUCCAGUGCAGCUGGUGAACUUUGCCUAUCGGGACUUGCCCCAGGCUGCCGUGGACCUCUCCACGGAUGGCUCGCAGCUCCUGUCAAAUUUGGACGAAGAUUACCAAAGAGAAGGGUCUAACUGGCUGAAGCCGUGCUGUGGGAAGAGAGCAGCCGUGUGGCAGGUAUUUUUGCUCAGUGCAAGUCUCAACAGUUUCCUGGUAGCCUGUGUAAUAUUGGUGGUGAUUCUCCUGACUCUGGAACUUCUAAUAGAUAUAAAGCUUCUCCAGUUUUCCAGUGCGUUCCAGUUUGCCAGCGUAAUUCACUGGAUCAGUCUGGUCAUCCUCUCUGUGUUCUUCUCAGAGACUGUUCUACGUAUUGUGGUCCUUGGGAUCUGGGAUUACAUUGAAAACAAAAUAGAGGUGUUUGACGGGGCCGUGAUUGUCCUGUCCUUGGCCCCAAUGGUGGCAUCCACUGUGGCCAAUGGGCCCAGGAGCCCCUGGGACGCCAUCAGCCUCAUCAUCAUGCUCCGGAUCUGGCGGGUGAAGAGAGUCAUCGAUGCUUACGUCCUGCCAGUGAAGGUGGAGAUGGAGAUGGUCAUCCAGCAGUACGAGAAGGCCAAGGUCAUCCAGGACGAGCAGCUGGAGAGGCUGACGCAGAUCUGUCAGGAGCAAGGGUUUGAGAUCCGGCAGCUUCGGGCUCACCUGGCACAGCAGGACCUGGACCUGGCGGCGGAGCGCGAGGCAGCGCUGCAGGCCCCGCACGUGCUCAGCCAGCCCCGCAGCCGCUAUAAGGUGGUGGAGGCCAGCACCUGGGACGAGGAGACCGUGGCCGAGAGCGUCGUGGAGGAGCUGCGGCCUUCCCAAGACGCCGCGGUGAGAGACGACAUGAACAGCUACAUCAGGCAGUACUACAGUGGGCCCAGCAGCGACAGUGGGGUCCCAGAGCCAGCUGUGUGCGUGGUCACCACGGCUGCCAUAGACAUCCACCAGCCCAACGUUUCCUCUGACCUCUUCUCGGCUGACGUGCCCCUGAAGCAAGGCAGCAAUGGCACCUGCACCAGCGCCACCUCCGAGAGCGCCUCCCACUCCGCGCGCAGCUCAGUCACCCGGGCCCAGAGCGACAGCAGCCAGAUACUGGGCUCCUCCACAGACUGCAGCACUGCCCGUGAGGAGCCGUCCUCGGAGCCUGGCCCCUCUUCCCUGCCGCCGCUGCCACCUCCACCUCCCCAGCAGCAGCUGGCGGAGGCCACAGUCCAGGACUUGCUGUCCUCCCUGUCGGAGUACCCCUGCCCGUCCCAGAGGGCCUUGGACCCAGCCCCCAUCACCCGGCCCAGCCCAGCGGGUUCGACCCAAACUAGCCCUGAGCUGGAGCACAGGGUAAGUCUGUUCAACCAGAAGAACCAGGAGAGCUUCACUGUCUUUCAGAUCAAGCCUGUCAUCCACUUCCAGCCCGUGGCUCCCGCGCUGGAGGAGAAGUUCACAUCUUUGGAAUCCAAAGAGCAAAAGUUGCACAGGGUCCCUGAGGCCUAGAGCUGCCAGGCAGGCUGGGUGGGAGGAAGG